ACUAAUGAUAAUGGCGAAUAAAUAAAAACAAAGCUACCAAGAAAUAAAAAGAGAAAGAAAUCAAAUGAAAUAACAAGACGAUGAUAUUCACCCUGUUCUAUAUGUACGCAACCGCGCUGCAAUGGUGGAAGUUGGGGGUUUUGAAAAACAAACUAAGUGGUACCCUUAAUAGUCACAACGCACUGCUGGUUUGUAAUAAUUCGAAUUUUUUGGACAGAAAGAGGAGAAGGUGUCUUGAGAAUCUUUUGGUUCAAAAAGGCGACAGGUUAGCCUGUACCAUCGUACCAAAGCAAGUCUUAGACCUAGCCCAAUGGGCAGCUAUUCCAAAAGAUAACAAAUAUUUCCCGAUCUUUAUGAAAAUCAAUAAGUUUUUCUCGAAAUCUCCCAAAAUGUACGUGUUGGUUCAAACGAACUUGGACAGUUACACUCCACAUCAAAGCGCAACUGUAGAGGUGAGAUAUGAGGGUAGUAUUCAAUAGUUUCACCGUAAUGACAUUUUUCUCUUAUUUACCCGUAAUAAAGCACCUUAUGUAUACAUAGAGGGUGUAAAAGAGAUAAGUGUUGAGCUAUGAAGGGAGUUCAGCAAAAAAUUUUUUAAGAAAAUCACAUUAAUUUACAAUUCGAAGCCGGUCCUGUGCGUG